AUGGAGUAUAGCCUGGGAACAGGACGGAGGAGAAUAAUAAGUGGGCAGAAAGCUGAUGAGACCAGCCUGGCUGGGACUGGCUCUGCAGGGCGGGAGCACUGGAUGGAGAAGGUGCCAGCUCGCUGCACCUCAGAAGAGGAAGACUGGGCAGAGGACGAUGAUGAGCAGGAGGAGGCAGUGGAAGAAGAGGCUGAAGGGGAUGUGGAGGCUGAGGUUGAGGGUGAGGCUGAAGAGUCCAAGACAGAAGAAGAUGGACAAGAAGAGGAGGCUAAGGAGAACGAAGACGGCCCAGUGGAGGAGUCCAAGCCCAAGCCCAGGCCAUUUAUGCCCAAUUUGAUACCUCCGAAGAUUCCUGAUGGAGAAAGGGUGGACUUUGAUGACAUCCACCGGAAGCGCAUGGAGAAGGACCUGAACGAGCUGCAGAUGCUGAUCGAGGCACACUUUGAGAACAGGAAGAAGGAAGAGGAGGAGCUCAUCUCACUAAAAGACAGGAUCGAGAAGCGGAGGGCAGAGCGGGCGGAGCAGCAGCGGAUCCGGAAUGAGCGGGAGAAGGAGCGUCAGAACCGGCUGGCUGAAGAGAGGGCCCGACGAGAGGAGGAGGAGAACAGGAGGAAGGCUGAGGAUGAGGCUCGGAAGAAGAAGGCUUUGUCCAACAUGAUGCACUUUGGAGGAUAUAUCCAGAAGGCCCAGACAGAGAAGAAAAGUGGGAAGAGGCAGACAGAGCGGGAAAAGAAGAAGAAAAUCCUGGCUGAGAGGAGGAAGGUGCUGGCCAUCGACCACCUGAAUGAAGACCAGCUGAGGGAGAAGGCCAAGGAAUUGUGGCAGAGCAUCUAUAACCUGGAGGCGGAGAAGUUCGAUUUGCAGGAGAAGUUCAAGCAGCAGAAAUACGAGAUCAAUGUUCUCCGCAACAGGAUCAAUGAUAACCAGAAAGUCUCCAAGACCCGAGGGAAAGCCAAAGUUACCGGACGGUGGAAGUAG